CCGGGUCGCCGUCUCAACCGGACCCUCCUCUUGCUGUAACUCUAGUCGACAGUUUAUUUCGGCGUCAGCCACUCUGCUCCGCCUGUAGCUCUUGUUUUAGUGCAGCCAAAACACGUGGUUUUUUUUUUUUCUAUACCAGCCAGAAAUAUUGGCAAUUGAAGCAGUCAUUCUGUGGCUGGUACUUGGAGUUAUAUUCUACUCGUGAUGUUCACGGUUUGAACCAUCAACUCUCCGCAGUCGCACUGGUUUCAACCGCACUUUUUGUAACUGCGACCAGACAGAGCCGCAGGUGAGCCACGAUGUCGAACGCGCGCCAUGUUAUUCUCGUGAUCAUCAUGCUCCAAGCAGCCGAAGGUGUCGUCGUCACCUUGCGGUCUGUGCGGUCAGAUGGAGGCGACAGUCACAUGGAGUGCAAGACAUCGACACGGGUGGUCAUCAGAACAGCAGACUACAUACACCCACUCCCCGAGUUUCUCUGCCGUGGUCAUUGCAGUGGAGCAGAGGAUGGAAACCCUAGCGACUGUUUCUACUCCAACAAAACGUGUCGGCAGCGUUUAUCUGCAGUUGAUCUAGUGACCCUCCAUCGGAAAUGCUCUGUGCCCCGCGGAUCGUGCGAUGUGUCAACGGUCGGGAUUACUAAGCCGUUCGAGUGACAUACUUCUGUGUGGAUGAUAGCGUGACUGCUGACCCGUGUUCCGAGGUCAGGAUGUCGGGGUCAUCCGUUUCCCUUCUCGUGGACUACGCUCAACAUGGCAAUGAGACAGGCCUGUCAUGCGCAUGCGCCGUGACGUCAUCCAGCAACUCCUCACUGACACUCCUGACUAUGAACUUGUUUGACCCCAGCGAGGCACAGAAGGGGCCAGAGGUCGUCAUUGAUACUUGGAAAUGGAAAUGGACGGUGGGACGAAAACUCCUGCCGGUGACAGUGUUUCACCCCAGUAAUACUUUCACGGUUAACAUCACAAGACCUGAUGACGUCAUGUUUGGACAAACGUGGCUGGCACUCGAGGGGUCCUUACUUCACGUGGAAUGCAACUACACUAGUCAGCCCAGACCUUUACUCAUCACUGAAUACUCAGAGUCAGGACCACAGGCACUUCCCUCGCAGAAGUCAGGAAACUUCUUUCCGCACAUCGCUGGAGGUGUGCUGGUGGCCAGCUGUUUGGUGGCAGCUCUGGUUGUCGUGGGAGUCGCUAAAGUGUGGAGACAACAAAGCGCAAGGGCACGCAAGGUCUGCAUCCAGUGGCCAGCCGGCAGACGACAAGAAGGCAGAGCGACACAGCACUUUGUCAGCGAGGAGGGCGAAUAUUGCCAAAUCGGUGACAAAGUGGAAGAGUCACGUGAGUGUUCUUUGCGGUCGAAGAAGUUGGCCAGCACAGAAGGUCAGUACCACGUGGAAAUGGACAGAAUCAGCAAUCCAAAUUUAGCUCAUCACUAUGAACACCAGGAAGAAAAUUGCGGGGACUGUGACACUCCCACCUCCAGUCAGUCCCUUUGCCGGAACAGUCGUCCUCUGCAGACGGAAGGAAAGGUCAAGGAUGGGAAGACAAGCAGGUGA